AUGGCAGUUUGGAUUCACCUCCCAGAAUUACCUGUUGAAUAUUAUGACAAAGAAGCUCUGUUCACCAUAGCAAGUAAAUUGGGUAAGCCAAUUCGUGUCGACUAUGCUACCAAUCAUCUCACAAGAGCCAGAUAUGCUCGUAUUUGUAUCGAAAUUAAUCUUUCAAAGCCCAUUACCUCCAAAAUUUGGAUUGGAAAUCAAUGGCAAGUGAUCCUAUAUGAAAAUCUUCAUUCUCUAUGUUUCGUUUGCGGUAGGAUUGGUCAUCAGAAAAACCAGUGCACUGAAUCCAAAGGAAAAGCUGUCAUGGCUCAGCAUGAGUCAGGAAGUGGGGAAGAGACAGAUGGCUCUCAGUUGUAUUCUUCUCAGAAUAUUGAUACAGGUGUUUCCAAUGCAAAAGAUGAUGGGGGGACAUUUGUCUCAAAUAAUCAGAAGUUGCAAAGUCCAACUAGGAAUCCUCCUAGCCCACUGAAAGUUUCUACUAAGGAGAGUUUAGGGGAGGAAUUUGGGCCAUGGACCAUGGUCUCACACCGUAAAAGAUUUUCUAACUUCAAUUCUCAAGCCCAAAAACAAAAAAGUUCUAAUAAAGGGAAACUUCCCAUUCCUACUCUCGCUCCUGUUUCGUCCGAAGCCCGAAAAAAAACAAAUAACCUUUCUUCUUCCAAUGGCGUCUCCACUAAUAAUUUUUGGAGAGUUUUAGACAAGGGCAAUAAUGCUUCUCAGAAAGAUUUUGAGGGAAUCAAUGCUGAUUAUUCAAAUAUCGAGGCUUCUAAUACUUCUCCAGUACCUAUUCCUCUUCCGUCUUUUCCCUCUUGUUCAAUUCCCAGCAACAGUCACCCUACCCAGAUCCUCCACAUGGCAGUUGAGAAAUCUAAUUCUUCAGUUGAUAAUAUAUCCCCCACGUUACAAGAUAUUCACAUGCAAAAUCCUUCAUCUUCCACUGAAAAUUCUCCUCCUUUGUCUUCUCUCUCCAAUGGAAAAGAGCUCAUCUUCAGAGAAAACUCCGUCAACCUCUUCGUUGAACCCACCAAGGCCGAGGAAUGUCGGGCUCGUCAAGUUACUAGGUUACUUGGGUUUGACGAUUUCAAAGCCAUUCCUCCUCAUGGCCUGAAAGGAGGGAUAUGGUUAAUGUGGAAGAAUUCGGUUGAACUUGUGAGUUGGAGUGAGGUAUCUCCCUACUAUUUUCAUUCUCUCUUUAAGUUCAGCCCUAAUCAUUCGGAAGCUCUUAUCACGGGCAUGCAUGCUCCUAGCACGGCUAGAGAACGUCAUGAGCUUUGGAAGAACAUGGAGCAAAAUCUUCCGCCGGAUCAGACCCCAUGGAUGGUUGUAGGGGAUCUAAAUGAGGUUAGAACUCAGGCAGAAAAGUCCGGAGGUAGGGCGUUCCGUAAUUCUCAGUGUAAGGCCUUAAAUUCCUUCAUGGAUGCUGCUUGCUUGGUUGAUCUCGGGUUUGACGGUAACCCGUUCACUUGGACUAAUGCAAGGGAAGGGGUUGCUCUUAUCAGAGAGAGACUUGAUCGGGCCUUGGCUAACCAUACCUGGAUCUCUGAAUUUCCAGGAACACAGGUAAGUCACCUUCCUAGGUCCUAUUCGGACCAUUGCCCGGUUUGUGUUAAUCUUAAUCUUUCUUCUUCCUCAAACCAAAAGAUGUAUCCCUUCCGAUGCAAAGAGGUUUGGUUAGCUCAUCCGGACUUUAAAAAAUUUUUCAUCAAUAAUUGGCUUAACUCUCCUGUUGAUUUUUUAGCUGGUAGAGAUAAUUUCCUAAAUAAUAUUAAAUCUUGGGAUUGCCGCAUUUUUGGGAACCUUUUUCAAAAGAAAAAACGCAUCUAUGCUAGGUUAAAUGGCAUUCAAAUUGCUUUAGCUCGUUGUAAUUCUUCCUUUCUUUCUAAUCUGGAAAUUCAAUUGCUCAAUGAUCUUAAUGAAAUCCAUCUGAUUGAAACGCGGGUUUGGGCCCAAAAGGCGGGGUUUGAUUGGCAACGUUCAGGAGAUCUUAAUACCCGCUAUUUCCAUGUGCUUGCGAAAAUUAAAAAAUCAAAAGGGAAGAUUCAUGCUCUUCAAGAUUCAAGGGGGGUUUGGGUGUAUGACGAUUCUACCCUAAAAAAUAUGGCUCGCCUAGCCUUCAUGGACAUUCUCUCAACUAAGCACUCUUCUAGCUUGCUUAAUUCCUCCUUCAUUUCUCCUGUUGCUCUUGCAUCAGAAGACGCUUUAAGUUUAGGUAAGCUAGUCUCUCUAGAGGAGCUUAGUCAUGUGAUUAAGUCAAUGUCCCCGAUCAAGAGUCCAGGUCCUGAUGAAAUUCAACCUGUUUUUUAUCAACAGUAUUGGGAGGAUCUUCAUGAGCCUAUUGUUUCAUUUGUGAAUAAAUGUCUUGUUGAGGGUCGUAUUCCUGAAAGUAUUAAUAAGUCCUAUCUUUGCUUGAUUCCUAAGAAAAGUGCUCCCUCUACAAUUGGUGAUUUUCGGCCUAUUGGUUUGUGUAACACUAUUUUAAAAAUUUUAACCAAAACCAUUGCCACUCGCUUGAAAACUCUCAUGCCAAAUCUGACUAGUCCACUCCAAUCUAGUUUUAUAAAGGGUAGAUCCAUUGACGAAAACAUUAUUAUUCUAAAAGAAGUAGCCCAUUUGUUUAAUCGUGCUAAAAGAAAUAAGAGCAUUAUGGCCCUAAAAAUUGACCUUACGAAAGCCUUUGAUAGUCUUGAAUGGUCUUUCAUUAGAGAUACUCUUGUUGGUUUUAAUUUCCCAAAACACCUGGUUGACGUGAUCAUGAGUGUUGUUACUUCCCCUACCAUUUAUGUUCUUUGGAAUGGAGAGGUAACUCCGGAUUUUUGUCCUUCGAGAGGUAUUAGGCAAGGGGAUCCUUUAUCUCCCUAUAUCUUUGUUCUUUGUAUGGAACGCCUUUCCCUUCUUAUACAACAAAAAUUGGAUAUUAAAACUUGGAAACCUCUUAUGAUCACUCGUGAUAUUGGCUUAUCUCAUUUAUUUUAUGCGGAUGAUGUUUUCUUAUUUGGGAAAGCUUCUUGGGAUAAUCUGAGCCUAAUGAUGGAAGUUCUCAAUGAUUUUGGCGUUCUCUCAGGUUUGUUUCUUAAUAAGCUUAAAUCUACUAUCAUUGUCCCCAAAAAAAUGGACCAUAAUGUUAGACAAUCUCUAAAUUCUUUCAGUGGUCUGCUUGUCUCUUCUAAUUUUGGGAAGUAUCUAGGGGUUCAUAUUUCUCCUAAUAAACUUCGAAAGUUGGACUACUUAGAUUUACUAGAUAAAACUACUGACAAAAUAAGGGGGUGGCAAGCAAAGCUUUUAAAUAUGGCUGGAAGAUGUACCCUAAUAAAAUCUGUUCUAAACUCUUACCCCUUGCACGUAAUGCAAACUAAUAUCUUGCCCAUUGGUAUUCUUGAUGAUCUUAAAAAGAAAAUUAAACGUUUCUUAUGGAACAAAGUUGGUCAAAGACAUUAUAUCUCUCGUACCUCCUGGGAUCAUGUCUGCAGACCAAUGAUGGAAGGAGGGCUUGGAAUUAGAGAUUUACGUCACUGGAAUCUUUGCUUUAUGGCUAAAUUAGGCUGGAAAUUUCUGACUCAACCUUCGAAACUUUGGGUUAAAAUUCUAAACAACAAAUAUUGUAAAGGAACUAACUUCAUGGAUGUCAUUCCCAAUGCCUCUCAGUCUACUAUUUGGCGCGAUAUUUUAAAAGGGAGGGACUUACUUGCUCAGGGUAUUAUUAUGAAUGUUGGGAAUGGGGAGGAUAUUUCACUUUGGUACCAUCAUUGGGUUGGGAGGGAACCUCUUUAUAAGUGCCCUGACAUUGUUAUUCCGGAUUCAAAAGCUCAUUGGAGGGUAGCCCACAUAAUUAAAAAUAGAACUUGGUCUCUUGAUCAGAUUGCCUAUUUAUUACCCCAGGAGAUUAUUAAGGAAAUCAAGGCUAUUCCCUUGCCUACAAUAUCUUCCGUCCAGGAUGAGUUAAGAUGGGUGUUCUCAUCGGAUGGUGACUUUUCUAUUAAAUCUGCCUAUCGAAAACUCAACCCAAAUAUUCAUACUCCUUCUCAAAUUCCUAACUUCUGGCCAAAACUAUGGAAGAUUAAGGUUCCUUUUAAAUAUAAAAUGCUGUUCUGGAAUGUUGCUCACGAAAUUUUACCCACUGCUUCUAACCUUCAAAAAAAAAUUCAAGGUUUUGAUGCUACCUGUCAGUGUUGUGUUCAAGAUCUGGAAACUCAUUUGCACCUAUUUCGGGUGGUGUUUGAAGGAGCCAUGGCUAGACCUUCUUCCCAAUAUAAUCACUUCUUUCUUGAUUACAUUCAUAACCGCACUGUUUUUCAGAAUCAGGGCAAGAUGAAUACUAAUCCUCAGCACCCAAUUGCUUGGAAACCCCCUGUUCAUGGCUAUUUGAAGUUAAACACUGAUGGUUCUUGGAAGGCAAAUGACAAAGCUAGCGGUGGAGGGGUGAUUAGAAGAACUGAUGGGUCUUGGUUCAUGGGUUUCUCCAUCAAGUUUGGCGCUGUUAACCCGGCUGCAGCAGAGUUAAUAACCAUAAGGGAGGGUCUUUCUCUCGCUAAAGACCACAACAUCUCUAGACUUGAGGUUGAAACUGAUGCGCAAGCUCUCAAGAUUAUGCUUGACAGAGCUGAGCAACUUCCCCAUCACCAGUUGAGUGCCAUCAUUUGUGAUAUUGUUAAGCUUCUCAAAACCAACUGGGUGGUAGUUUUUCUCCAUGCAAAACGCAAUGCGAAUAUGGUAGCUCACAAGCUCGCUAGAUUCGGGAUGGAUAUGGAGGUGGACAAGACUACUCAUACUUCUCCUCCUCAAUGUGUGAUGAAAGAUUACAUGCAAGAAUUGGUCAAUCCCAUGGCUUAG